AGAGAAAAAAAGCAUAUAAGGAAGUUGGCUUACGGACAUUUAAACACUUUCCAUCAUACUUUCAGGAAAGUUAGGUUUUGUUGGGCUACAUGUAGUUAAAAGUGUAUCACUCUUAUUGAAACAUAACUUUUGUUAUUUUACAGUUUCACUUCAUGGUGCAAUUAUUUGCAUAAACUGGUGAUUUUCGUUUCCCAGCCGGCAGUGAAGGCAUUAACUAGCUGUGUGCCUGCUCAUUUCACUAGCAUGCACACAUCCAUCUAAAGCAGCCGAAAGAGAGGUGUUCUCCACUGCUGAAUAAUACAGACCAGGUGUUUCCUGUACAUUUUGCAUAUUUGGCCCUGAUAUUAAAGAAGAUGAAGAGAAGAGACACGCCCCAAUUCAAGCAGAAGUCCACUCACAACUUGGGGAAAAUAGAGAUGCCGCGUCAGUUCCCCAAGGUCUUGCUGAGCGAGGUGGAUGAGUCAGUGCGUCUGCUGGCAGAGAAGGUGUAUGCCUCGGCGCUGAAGGAGGAGGACACCAAGGAUUCCCUGUCCAUGUACACGGUGUCCGAGGACUGUCCCAUCGGCAUGAACCAGGUCCGGGAGCGAGAGAUGCUCAAGGAGAUCGCUGAGCAGUACUCUGAAGAGAGCACUAAAAGGAAGAAGAGUUUCAAAAUUAAGCGUUCCCAGUCGUUAUCUCAGCAGUUCCCCAGUUCCCUCAACAUCUGUCCAGAGUGGGCUUUGUCUGUGGUCGCCCCUCUGUUCACCCCUGGCGCCCACUCCCUAGAGUUCCAGAGGGUCACCAUUAGUGGAGACUAUUGUGCAGGGAUCACAGUGGAGGACUAUGAGCAGGCAGCCAAGACCCUGAUUAAAGCCCUGUUUAUCAGGGAGAAGUACUCCAGGCUGGCCUACCACCGCUUUCCCAGGACCACCGCCCAGUUCCUCCGCAGCGCUGAGAACCAGAAGUGGAACGUGGAGGAGGAGAUCUUGCCAGACAUGUGCCCCUGCCCUCAAGAGGGGGAGGAUCCAUACACUACGGAGGGCAUCCCUGAUGAUCUGAACUACGCAUUGCAGAUGAAGGACGGCAUUGUUUAUGUGUACAAUGACGCAGAGGCCCUGAAGCAGCAGCAGCCCCGCAGCCUGCCCUACCCUGACCUGGAGACCUUCGCCAUUGACCUCAGCCAUGUCCUCGCCAUGAUCGCCGACGGGCCCACGAAAACCUACUGCCACAGACGACUGAACUUCAUGGCCUCCAAGUUCUAUCUGCAUGAGAUGCUGAAUGAGAUGGCUGAGUUGAAGGAGCUGAAACGUGUUCCUCACAGAGACUUCUAUAACGUCAGGAAGGUAGACACUCACAUCCACGCAGCUGCUUGCAUGAACCAAAAGCACCUGCUGAAGUUCAUCCAGACCACCUACAAGACCGAGGCGGACCGAGUGGUGCUGGAGAAGGGGGGCCAAAAGCUCACCUUGAAACAGGUGUUUGACACCCUGACCAUGGACCCCUAUGACCUCACUGUGGACUCCCUGGACGUUCACGCUGGAAGGCAAACAUUCCACCGCUUUGACAAGUUCAACUCCAAGUACAACCCAGUGGGAGCCAGCGAACUCCGAGAGAUUUACCUGAAAACAGACAACUACAUCAAAGGGGAAUACUUUGCUCGCAUCAUCAAGGAAGUGGCUCAUGAGUUGGAGGAGAGUAAGUACCAGCACGCAGAACCCCGUAUGUCCAUCUACGGCCGCUCCCCUGUCGAGUGGGAGAGCCUGGCCUCAUGGUUCAUCCAGCACAAGGUGCACUCCCCCAACAUGCGCUGGGUCAUCCAGGUGCCCAGGAUCUAUGACAUUUUCAAAUCGAAGAACAUAAUACCGAACUACGCCAAGCUGCUGGAAAAUAUUUUCCUCCCACUGUUCAAGGCUACAGUCAAUCCACAAAAGAACAAGGAGAUGCACGUUUUCUUGAAAUAUGUAACUGGGUUCGACAGUGUGGAUGAUGAGUCCAAGCACAGCGACCACAUGUUCUCCUACAAGAGCCCCAAACCUGAGGAGUGGACCUCAGGCGAAAACCCACCCUACAGUUACUACCUCUUCUACAUGUACGCCAACAUCAUGGUGCUCAACAACCUGAGGAAGGAACGAGGCCUCAAUACCUUCCAGUUCCGGCCCCACUGUGGUGAGGCCGGGUCCAUCACCCACCUGGUCUCUGCCUUCCUCACGGCAGACAACAUCUCCCACGGCCUCAACCUAAAGAAGAGUCCUGUGCUGCAGUACCUGUACUACCUGGCCCAGGUCCCCAUCGCCAUGUCUCCUCUGAGCAACAACAGCCUGUUCCUGGAGUACUCCAAGAACCCUCUCAAGGAGUUCCUCCAGAAAGGCCUGUGUGUGUCCCUGUCCACCGACGACCCCAUGCAGUUCCACUACACCAAGGAGGCCUUGAUGGAGGAGUAUGCCAUUGCAGCCCAGCUGUGGAAGCUAAGUACCUGUGACACGUGUGAGAUCGCCAGGAACAGUGUGCUGCAGAGUGGUCUGUCUCAUCAGGAAAAGAUGCACUUCCUGGGGCCCAACUACCUGCAGGACGGGCCAGAGGGAAAUGACAUCAGACGGACCAACGUGGCUCAGAUCCGCAUGGCCUACCGGCACGAGACUCUGUGCAAUGAGCUCAGCUUCCUGGUGGAGGCCGUAAAGACUGAGGCCAGCGGAACCCAGGUAGAGUGACCACAGCAGAGAGACCCUUUUCACACUACCGAGCUGAGCCAGGCUUAACCGAGCUGAGCCGUACAGUGCUUGCCUGGUCAGUGGUUACACAUUCACUGCACAGUAGUUGCUAGAACCAUGCUGGAAAGGUCAAUGUGAAAAGAUAGUAUCUGAGACAGCACUGUAUGGUUUGGGUCAGGAGCUAAUGUGACCUUUAGUCUCUCUCUAUUUCAGCUCUAGGCCACAGCCAAAUACUGUACUGGGUCGUUCCAUGAAAUUAGUGCCUUUUGCAUCCCUUUGUUAUUUUAUGUAGAAAUUGUGCACCAAUAUUGAAUUUUAAAGCCUUUUAUAUUAAAUAGUGACUUUUAAUAUAGUCCACAUGGAGAAUUCAAUCAGAUUUUUUACUUGAACGAAGACUUGCUAAAGUGCAAAAACUCACUCAACUGUUUAGUGGCAGAAAACUGAGAAGGUCGAGCAUUACAGGUCAACCCUGUUACCCAUAGAUAUACAGAUAGAAGCUUGUAUUCAAUUGCCCCUCCCUGUUGCACACAAGCUUCUAUUCCCACUCUCACAUGGGGAUUUAUGGCUGUUUUAAGAUGAAAUUGUCAACCCUGUUACUUUAUUUGGCACUUAAUAGGCUCUAGUAAAAGAAAAAUUACAUUGAGAUGGGAAAAUGUGUUUUUUUAUUAAGAUGAAUGUGUGCUCUUUAUGACAAUGUAAAAUUAGGAGAACAGACAUUAUUUUUAGAGCAAGUUACACUUCUCAAAAGGCACCGAAUUGGUGGAAAGAUCCAACUGUUACUGGGCUAUGGUAAUACUGAGAGAAUAAGGCACCAUGCUAUAUGAAUAAGACCGUACUGUGUAAGCUACACCACAUCAAGCCAAGCUAACAGCACCAUACUAGGCAAAUCAUAGUACCCAUGUCCUCUGUUGACUCAUUUGCAUGCAGUUUUUUUUUAUCUUUGAGAAAGCAGAACUUACUCGCUACCUAAUUUUCUCAUGUUCAACUAGAAAACCAGUUUUGUAUUUGAACAUGAGAGCCAGAGGGACACUGCCUGUACACUGCCUGUACACUGCCACUCCCAGGGCCUGUUAAAAAAAUACUACCAACUGUGCCAAUACAAGAGUUCUCACGCCAGAAUGAAAGCCAAUCCGAGAGCAUAGCCAUUUUUUAAAAUGUUCUUGUCUUUCUAUUUGAAUUACAGUACAUAAUGGUAGAAGGGAUAUUAUUGUGUUCUAUCAGGUGAAGGGGCUCACAUUUAAAGAAGUUACUAAGUUCGUAGCUGGGUAUGAGAGCGAGUGGUGUUUUCUAUUAUACAACUUUGGUAAGAGGUUAACUACAGAGCACUUUCUAUAAUGUUGAAUGCUUCUCUCAUGUGGGCAUCAUAUCAUGGACAAAAAGCACUUGACAAAGGGUGAACUGUAAUCAUGUGGCGACAAUGACAAACUUUCAUCCUAGAAUUGGUUCAUUGUCUGAAUGCAGCAUAAAUGUCACUCAACUGUACGUGUAUGAUCGGGAAAUUUGUUUUUAUAUGACAAUAAAGAGAUACUUAGAA